AUCAAGAAGGACAAAGCUGAUUCAAACCUGAUGGAGGAGAAGACUUCUAUCCUGCAGAAGAACAUAGAGAUGAUAGAACUGGGGCUGUCAGAGGCACAGGUGAUGAUGGCGCUGGCGCAGCACCUGCAGGCCGUCGAGGCGGAGAAGCAGAAGCUGCGCGCGCAGGUGCGCCGGCUCUGCCAGGAGAAUGCGUGGCUUCGCGACGAGCUGGCGACGACGCAGCAGCGGCUGCAGCACAGCGAGCAGAGCGUCGCUGCACUCGAGGAGGAGAAGAAGCACCUCGAGUUCAUGAACUCUAUGAAGGCGUUCGACGGCGACGCGGCGCACGGCGGCGGCGGCGGCAGCGGCGGCGAGGAGGCGACGAAGAGCGAUACCGCCGCGAAGGAGGAGCCGCUCGACCUCGGCUUCCCUGAGGAGGAGGAGGAGGAGAAGGAGAGCGGAGACAUGGGGCAAUCAAUGGGCUCCAGUGUGAUGUCUGCAUCUGCAAGUCAGGGAUACGAAAUCCCGGCGCGACUACGCACGCUUCACAACCUUGUCAUACAGUACGCCUCACAGGGUCGCUAUGAGGUUGCUGUGCCUCUCUGCAAGCAGGCAUUGGAAGAUCUAGAAAAAACAAGUGGGCAUGACCACCCAGAUGUCGCCACAAUGCUCAACAUAUUAGCACUCGUGUACAGAGAUCAGAACAAAUACAAGGAAGCAGCCAAUUUACUAAAUGAUGCUCUGUCAAUUAGGGAGAAGACUUUAGGAGAAAGCCACCCUGCUGUGGCAGCAACGUUGAACAACCUGGCAGUUCUCUAUGGCAAGCGUGGCAAGUACAAAGAGGCAGAGCCACUCUGUAAGAGAGCGCUUCUAAUCCGUGAAAAGGUGCUAGGGAGAGACCAUCCAGACGUUGCAAAGCAACUGAAUAAUUUGGCAUUGCUGUGCCAGAAUCAGGGAAAAUAUGAUGAGGUGGAGACCUACUACCAGAGGGCACUAGUGAUCUAUGAAACAAAACUGGGACCAGAUGAUCCAAAUGUUGCGAAAACGAAAAACAACUUGGCCUCAGCUUUCCUGAAGCAGGGCAAGUACAAGCAGGCUGAGGUUCUGUACAAGGAGGUGCUCACAAGAGCACAUGAAAAGGAGUUUGGAUCAUCUGAUGGUGAACACAAACCAAUUUGGAAGGUGGCCGAAGAACGAGAAGAAAACAAGGGCAAGAAUAAAGACAAUGCACCGUAUGCUGAAUAUGGGGGCUGGCACAAAGCUGCAAAAGUUGAUAGUCCGACAGUUAUGACUACGCUCAAGAACUUGAGUGCCCUCUAUAGGAGACAGGGAAAGUAUGAGGCAGCAGAAACUCUUGAAGAUGUUGCGAUGCGGUCGAAAAAAGAGUAUACUGAUCUCUCUCAGCGCUCGUUCCUUUAUCAAGCGCUCGACAUGGUGCGGGGGUCGACGAAGGUCGCUGACCUGCUCGCCUCCGACCCAGACAAGUCGAAGAGACGUGCUGACGGCAGACGACGCGACUCGGACGGCGUCGCCUAUGAGCGCGCGGGUGCCGAGGGAGAAGGCCGUCUGUGGCGGAGCGGUUCGUUCUCACAGCUGCGUGCCUCCAUCAGACACAGCAGCGCAAAACUGCUGCAGAAGCUAAAGGGCAUGGGUGCAGGGGGCGCUACUGGUGCUGAUGAUUUCGGGAGCAUGAAAAGGGCAAGUUCACUGUCAGUCCUUAACACUGGCCAAGGAGAGGAGAUGGAGCUCAACAAUUAUGGUGGCCUACAGAGGGCAGUCAGCACAGAGCGACUCGGACCCAAGGAUUUCCUUUGAUAUAUAUGAAUAGCAGCUCUGUACUUUAUAUUUUGCUCGUACAGUUGGUAUCAAUAAGGAGUUUGUACAUUCGUUUGAGCUUUGUCGGGUGUUGAGUGUGAUCAAUACUUUACUGAUGCUUUGUCGAUGAAUUCGCAACAACACACUCAAGCUUGCAUAUACGUGCAAACACUCGUGUUAUAUUCACUGCAAAACGUGGGGCAGGUUAAAGUAAGAAGUAAUUGAAUUUUUCUACAUUCUUUAUGUGCAAGUGAUUUACUUACUGUAAUAUAGAAAAACACGCCAGAUACGUUGUGCACCAUUUUAUUUUUUCCCCCACCUUUAAAUGCUCCCCAACUUUAAGACGUGAAGUUUAAAAUUGGUUAAAAAUACACACGAGUGUUUAGUGAGAUCCAUAUAUAAGCCAGUUCCCUCGUUUAGUUCUAGAUUAAAUCCUCAUGGUAUCGGCAUAAUAUCAUAACAUGUACUGUGACUGGACGUUUUCUAUAUGUGACUGAGGACUACAAAUGCUAGCUGUACUGUCAACACCAUUACUGUAAAAUAGUGGUUGCCUUGAGGUACUGUGCACACCAUGGCAUAACCUGGGCAUCUACCUUCUUACCCUUGGUUGUAUCAAUCAGAAUAUCAUGGAGUUAUCAAGGUAGGAGCACUUUCAUGUGAGCGAAAUCAAAAGGGAGGGAUGGUGAGGUCGGAGUGAGAGGGUGUAUGUGCGUGCGCAUGCGUGUGUAUGUGUGUGCGUGCGUGCGUGCGUGCGCAUGCGUGUGUAUGUGUGUGCG